CACUCUUAUCGCGAGACCUGUCAUUUUAGUUGUUACUUCCUGUUAACAGUGGGAUCACUGUUGCGUCGCCUUUUCGUGGAAAAUGCAGAGAAGGUGAAUCGCCUUCUGGCAUCGACAUAUUCUACGAAAUACGUUUACAACCGUUACUUAAAAGAUUAUGAAUGCAGUGGAGCGCCGCGAGGAUUUAUGUGUGCGCGUGUGAUGGCAGUAGGCUCGCAGUCAUAUGAGAGUGAUUCCAGCGGCACCGGGAACAGGGAACUUCAAACACACUCAAGUGGUCCUGAGGUGUCGUGUGUAACUAACGGAAGAUGAGUCUGUAUGGUGGAGGUGGAGCCUGUGGGGGAGGAGCCUAUGAUCGCUCACGUGACCGACGCCGCUCUAGCGACCGCUCUAGAGACUCCUCCCACGAGCGAGGAGAGGGACAACUCACACCCUGCAUCCGAAAUAUCACGUCCCCCACAAGACAACACAACGAGCGUGAGGGAGGCUCUCGUCCAGGCAGCCCGCGGCCCCAGCGUGUGUCCCCCACCAGCAGGAGUGUGUGUGUGGAGGGCCCCCCGAAGGCCCUGGGCGUGGGCGGUGAGAUGGUGUUUGUGUACGAGAGCCCCAAAGACGGCAGCACUGCGCGCCAGAGGACCGCCGAGAGGGUCACGCUCAUCGUGGACAACACGCGCUUCGUAGUAGACCCCUCCAUAUUCACCGCACAGCCCAACACUAUGCUGGGAAGGAUGUUUGGCUCUGGUCGAGAGCACAACUUCACACGGCCCAAUGAGAAGGGAGAGUUCGAGGUUGCAGAGGGCAUCAGCUCCACCGUCUUCAGAGCCAUCCUGGACUACUACAGGUCCGGUGUGAUCCGUUGUCCUGAUGGCAUCUCCAUCCCUGAGCUCAGAGAGGCGUGUGACUACCUCUGUAUCUCCUUCGACUACAGCACCAUCAAGUGUAGAGACCUCAGUGCGCUGAUGCACGAGCUGUCUAAUGACGGCGCGCGGCGUCAGUUUGAGGCGUACCUGGAGGAGAUGGUGCUGCCGCUGAUGGUGGCGAGUGCACAGAGUGGGGAGAGGGAGUGCCACAUAGUAGUGCUCACCGACGACGACGUGGUCGACUGGGACGAGGAGUACCCACCACAGAUGGGAGAGGAGUAUUCUCAGAUUAUCUACAGUACAAAACUCUAUCGUUUCUUCAAGUACAUCGAGAACAGAGAUGUGGCCAAGUCCGUUCUAAAGGAGCGAGGACUCAAGAAGAUUCGACUAGGCAUAGAAGGUUACCCCACGUAUAAGGAGAAGGUGAAGAAGCGUCCUGGUGGCCGGCCGGAGGUCAUCUACAACUACGUGCAGCGUCCGUUCAUCCGCAUGUCGUGGGAGAAGGAGGAGGGCAAGAGUCGGCACGUGGACUUCCAGUGCGUCAAGAGCAAGUCCAUCACCAACCUGGCGGCGGCUGCCGCGGACAUCCCGCAGGACCAGCUGGUGGCGCUGCACCCCGGGCCGCAGGUGGACGAGCUGGACAUCCUGCCGCCACACGCCGCCCCCCCGCCAGGCCCCGCCGUACAGCACUACGGCAACAGCAGCAACUACGAGCCCGACCCCGACGCGCCCUCGCCCGGGGUGUGAGGGCGCAGCCACGCGUCGCCAUGGCAAAGCCCGGGGUGUGAGGGCGCAGCCACGCGUCGCCAUGGCAAAGCCGGCUGGAUCUGUCCAUCAAACCCUGCUCCCUGGCAUGCUGCAGACGGGCUGAUGGCGCGCGCGCGUGUUUGUGGCAGAUGAGCUGUGUGACUGCGUGCGUGCGUGCGUGUGAGUGAGUGAGUAUGCAUGCAUGUGCUUGUGUGUAUGACAGACGUGUGUGUGUGUGUGUGUGUGUGUUUGUGUUUGUGUUUGAGUGAGUAUGCGUGCAUGUGUAUGUGAGUGAGUGAGUGUAUGUGGCAUGCUGCAGACAUAUGAGAGUGUGUGGCAUGGUGUAUGUGUCUGUUUGCGUGUGUGUGUGUGUGUGUGUGCGCGCGUGUAUGUGAGUGAUUGAGUGUAUGUAUGUGGCAUGCUGCAGACGAACACCUGACGCCCGGCUCCCAGCAUGCACCGGGCCGGGGACUCUGAGUCGUGACCUUUGCCCUUGGUUGCCUUCUGCACUUUCCUCCUCCUUCUCAGCUUCUGCUGUGCGGCGCACACACACACACACACACACACACACACCCUGAGGACGCUGACGGGAAGCCUUACACCCCCUGCCGUUACCAUGGCGGGGCGAGGCUCCUCCCCUUUAUUUAUUUCCUGUUUGUGUGUUUGUUUUUUACAUGACCAAAGGAAAUGUAUUUUUUGUUAGUGGUUUGAGCUGAAGGGUCUGACUAACUUGUUUUUAUAACUCUGGGUUAGGGCAUCUAGUACCUCACUGAGGGGGGGGGGGGGGGUGCACUGUGUUCUUUUAUUCUCAUGGUUUUUUGUUUAGUUUUGUUUUAUUUUUUUUCACCUGCAAUGACUCCUGGCUCCAGGAGUGGGUGGAGUGGGUGGUGGGCCCUCUAGCUCCAGGAGUGGGUGGAAGUGCUGUGGUGGCCUCUCUGUGGACAUGGAGCUGUGUGUGGCCUGGACCUGCUCGCGGGCAUGACGAACUCAUUAUAGAAAUAAACACAUGAAACACUGCA